AUGGACGUGCACCGGUGCCGGUUUGUCGACUAUACCCCGGCGACGAUCCUUCUGAGUUGUUUCACCGACGAUGGCCGCUACGUUGUGGGUCGGUCCAACGGCCAGCUCGAGGUGUGGGACCCCACCCACUGGACCCACUUGGUAACCAUCCCGGGGACGGCGUCGCUGUCAGUCGAAGGCAUCUGCUCCGCCGACGGGCGUAUAUUCACCGUUGGGGGCUCGACCAUGGUCACCGAAUGGGACUUGGACACGUGGCGACCGAAGCUGAACUACGACUGCAACGCCGGCGUCGUGUGGUGCGUCGACGCCAACCCCAGCGGCACCCACCUUGCCGCCGGCUGUGACGACGGUUCCGUCGUAAUCAUGCUGAUUGAAGGCGGGGUCGUCGAGUACCAGCUGAUCUUACAACGCCAGGACCUGAGGGUGAUGCUGAUCAAGUGGAUUGACGAUAAUGUCGUGAUUGGUGGGUGUGCCGAUGGCCGUAUUCGCCUGUGGCUGGUGAACGAAAGAGGGCGAAUGCUUGCGACGAUGAGGGUGGAUAAGCUGAAGACGGAACUGACACUCGUGUGGCUGUUGGCGGUGAUCCCGGGGGGUUCGCAGUUUGUGCUGGGGGACUCUACGGGCCAGGUCAAGUUCUGGGACGUGAAGACACUGACGCUUUUACAGAGUUUCUCGCCUCAUGACGCCGAUGUGUUGGCGCUUGCCGUCAGUAGCGAUGGCACCAAGGUAUUCUCUGCUGGGGUUGACCGAAAGAUCCACCAGUUCACGCUUGUCGAGCUGAAAAAGCUGCUGAAAUGGGCCCACUCGUUUAACCGGUUGCUCCACGCUAACGACGUGCGUACUUUAGCCAUCUUUGACGAUUGGUUGGUGCUGGGAGGCAUCGAGCGGCUGAUUGUGGUGCUGCUGGUGCUGGAGUUCUUGGACGGCGAGUAUAAGAAGUUUACCGUGGACCAGCAGAUAAGCAAUACCUUCACCUAUAAGAACUUUGUCGGGUUGUUCAGUGACCAGUUCGUCAAAGUAUGGCGCGUGGAGAAUCUGACCCCGCAAUUGGUGGCGAAACUCAUCAUCAACGCCGAAGAGAAUGUCACGUCUGUCGACAUGUCCGACGACUAUAUCGCCGUCGCCACCAUUAACGCCAUCAAGGUGUUUGCCAUUGUUGACGCUGGAGCCAAAUUGGAGGUGACCAAGGUGAAAGACGCCCAGUUUGAAGAGAUCAACCCGGGGGCUAAGUUUGUGAGAUGGGUGGGCUCGAAGCUCGUGGCCAUCACUGCUGAGGAAGAGAUCUACCGCUUCUCCAUCACUGCCGACUCCAUCCUGCUUGAUACCGAAUUGGAAACCCUAGGGCUGAGGCUGACACUGAGACAGGUGGCGGUGCUGCCUGACUCGUCGUCGGUGGUCAUUCUCCGCCACAACGGCGACUUGGAAGUGUACCACGAGAACUCAGGCCGCCGGCUCACCAAGAUCUCCGGGGGCUGUCAGAUGACAUUCACCGGCGACGACCGUUUAGCCGUCUACAGCGAUAGCGCCUCGAUCAAGGAAGUGUUCGUCCAGGGACUGCAAUUGCUUACCCCGUGGCUGAAUGCCCACCAAAAGAUGCCGGCCCGGUUUGUGCUGUUGGCCCACGACGCCCCCGUCGAGGGGUGUUUCUACCUCGACUCCAAGCUCUGGGUGUACGGGACGCUGUGGUUGGCGUACUUCGACAUGCUGCUGAUGUCGCUGGCGCUGGGGAAGAAGCGGAGCCGCCAGGGGACCGAGGUGGCGGUGGACGCGCUGCUGGCGUCGUUCAGCGUCACCGAGAAGUACCGGCCCAUCAUCAAGGCGGCGCCGUUGCUGGCGCUGCUGAUGGUGGUGGUCGAGCGCCCGUUGUUGCUGUUGCCCACCACCGAGGCGUACGCCCUCCCGAAGAUCCAGCUUUGA